AUGUCUUUUCUCUUCGGCAAGAAGAGCAAGCAGCAGGCCAACAACGCGCUGCCCCCAGCCACACGAGAGAUAACCUCAUCGCAUGGCCCGGGGCAACCACCCCCAGCCGUCAAUGGAUCCGGCUCUCGUGAGAUUGAGAAGACCCGUGGAGGCCCCCAGUCCCAGACACCCACCCCCGGAGGCAGCGUAAACAACUCGUUGAACUCUCUCCAGAACGCCGGAAAUGCGCCUGCCCCCGAGCCCAAAGCGCUGCGAGAAAAGGCCGACACCAACAACCAGAAUACGAACCCCAGAUUUGCCGGCAACUCGCCAGACUCCCCGUACCCGUGGUCCUCCCGACGCUUGAACUUCACCGCAGGCAAUCCCUUCCCCCGAUACGGCGCUGCUAUAAAUGCCACGGCUAGCAAGGAUGGCACGAUUUACCUCAUGGGCGGACUUGUUGGCGGCGCAACAGUCAAGGGUGAUCUGUGGUUGACAGAGAUGGGCAACGGCAGCAUGGCCUGCUAUCCCAUAUCCACAACUGGAGACGGCCCUGGUCCUCGCGUAGGUCAUGCUAGUUUGCUCGUUGGCAAUGCCUUCAUUGUCUUUGGAGGAGACACGAAACUGGCUGACAACGACGACCUGGACGAUACCUUAUAUCUCCUCAAUACCUCCACAAAGCACUGGUCGCGCGCUCUACCACAAGGACCCCGUCCCACUGGUCGCUACGGACAUACCUUGAACAUACUGGGUUCCAAGAUAUACAUUUUCGGUGGACAGGUCGAGGGUUUCUUUUUCAAUGACCUUGUAGCUUUUGAUUUGAACUCGUUGCAGUCAUCCGCAAGCCGAUGGGAGGUGUUGCUACCAAACACCAAGGAGCAGGCUUCUCCACAAGGCAGAUCACCACCAGCACGUACCAAUCAUUCCGUGGUAACGUGGAACGAUAAGCUCUACCUCUUUGGUGGAACCGACGGGAUUACUUGGUUCAACGAUGUCUGGACCUAUGAGCCGCGCUCCAACGCCUGGACCGAGCUUGACUGUAUUGGCUACAUUCCCGUAGCUCGCGAGGGUCAUUCUGCCGCCCUCGUAAACGACACCAUGUACAUCUUUGGCGGACGCACUCAAGAGGGCGUCGACUUGGGCGACCUUGCAGCCUUUCGGAUCUCGUCACGCCGUUGGUACAUGUUCCAAAAUAUGGGACACUCCCCUUCAGCCCGGUCGGGGCAUAGUAUGACCGCCUUCGGAAAACACAUCGUUGUUUUAGCUGGCGAGCCCAGCUCUUCUGUCAGUGACAGGAAUGAGCUCAGCCUCAGUUACAUUCUGGACACCUCCAAGAUAAGGUAUCCGCCCAAUGAAAGUGCUCCUCCACCCCAGCCGCAGGGUACACAGCGGAAGAUGAGUGGCGGUGAGAGAAGCAAUGUGCCUCCCGCUAAGGUCGGCUCCCCUCCAACGCGCGAGAGUAUGAUGCCUGCUUCACAAUUCACGAGAGCCCCAGAAAACAUGGGAAAUGGUGCGAACGCAGGAUCACGUUUGCCUCGUGCAGCGGGUCAACCACCAGGUCCUCCACCACUUCAGCAACCUCCACAGCCCCGUGAGAAUGGUGCUGGCGUACAAGGUGCCGCAAAACCCAGAAGCAAGACUCCUACCAAAAAUGAACGUGGAUACGGCCCGCCUAUCGACACUGGAGCUGCAUCCGCCUUGGAUAGAGAAAACAUGUCGCCUAUGACCCGCGAAAGUCCAUCUACGAACGACAUGCAACGAAAGAUGUCGUCGGACGCUGUAAGCCAACGGACCCCGAAGGAGUCCAUGGACACUACUCGCUCUGGUAGCAUUGUGUCACGGAACACGUCCAAAUCCCACCGUCCGCAGCCUUCUCAAGAUAGCACAGAGCAGGCAAUCAGGCAAUCUUUAGAGACACAGCAACAACGCGGAUUUGCGCGUGACGUUGAACAGUUACCUAAUGAGGGCUUGAAGAAUGCGUCACUGGCGAAUGAUCAACGAAACACCGAACUUAUGAAAGAACUGGAGCACGUCAAAAGCCGCAACGCAUGGUACGCCUCAGAGCUCGCACUUGCUCGUCGAGCAGGCUACAGCUCGGGUACUUCCACGAGUCCAGUGUUCGAUGAGCGGUCGGCCGACGCGUUUCGAGACGAAGACAGACCCUUGUUGGAGGCACUCUUGAAGAUGAAGACCGAACUUGAACGAGUACAAACCUCCAUCAAAGCCCAGGGUGACGAUGCUGCGAAGAGAAUCGCUGAAGUUGAGAGACAGCGGGACGCGGCUGUCAGCGAGGCCAUCUACGCUAAAACCAAGUUGGCUGCUCACGGAGGUGGUAGUCAGAAUGGAACUCCACAGCCAGAUGGGACUCGAAGCACAAACACACCCGACGCUGAUCGCCUCCAAGAUAUCAGUCGGCGACUAGCGAUGUCUUUGGCGGCUCAAGGUGACCUGGCUACUAAAGUGGAGCAUCUGACCCGUGAGAUUGAUGCCGAAAAGAAAGCAAAACAACUAGCGGAGGAGACCGCAGAAGCUGCGCAAAAACGUGUACAAGAACUGGACUCGACCCGACAAAAAGCUACAGCUGAAUCGGAGAGUCUACGUGCCGAACUACACGAGGCUGAGCGUGUCGCAAGGGAAGUAUCUACUAGCGCUGCAGAAGCAGAAUCGGCAUCGAAACUGUUGGCGAUUGAUAAACAAGAGUUGAGCGCCAAGGUUGCUAAGGUUUCCGAAGAGCACAAAGCUCAGUCUUCUAUUAUUCAGUCUCUACGCGAUGCUGUCUUCGCGUCCACGGAGAAGUCAACCUUGCUGGAGAAGAAGCUCACUGAAGAGCGGACUACGAGUGAAAACCUGCGCCAGAAGCUAAGUCAGCUUCGUAGCGAAUAUGAGGCACGCGUACUGGAGCUGGAGACUACUUCACAAAAGCUUCGUGAUGCGGAGGAGUUGGCGGAGAGCCAUGCAGAAGAGGCACGCCUUCAUCGAGCCACCGUCUUCUCUGGUCUUCAAACGAUUACAGAGCGCUCCGAGCAAGAUGGUGCUAACCAUGAUGAGCGGGUUGUAGUCUUGCAGCAGCAAGUCGAAGCUGCAAACUCCAUGGCUCGCAAGAAUCAGACAGCUGCUGACCAAGCAUCCGAAAAGCUUCGCCGUGCUGAAGAACGAAUCGCCGGUCUCGAGGCCUACCAAGAGCAAUCCAGUCGCGAGGGGCUGACCAUUCGUAAACAGUUACAGCAGGCUAUGCGAGAUGUACAGCUCUCCGAGGCUGAACGAACCGAACUCCGCCAGCAACACGAGCGUCUGCGCCUUGAGAGCAAUGCGUUCGAAGUUCAGCUCAAAACACUUCGCAAUCUUCUCGACGAAAGAGGUGUAAACCCUGUUGACUCACGACGCUCAAGGGUACUGGACAGUCCGAACUCAAGGUUCGGCACACCGGAGUUCAACCGAGUUCGCGAGCUGGAACAACAGGUAGACACUAUGACUAAAGCACAUGAGGAAAUGCGCUCCAUGUUUGAGGAGCGUGAGCACGAAGUCAGCAAGGAGUGGGAAGAAAAACUCCAGGCACUUCAUAACGAUCACCAAGCUGCUGUCAAGUACCUCCGGGGUACCGAAAAGAUGCUUUCGAAGAUGAAACAGGAGCUCGAUCGUUACAAGAGUGCAAAUCUCAAGCUAGAGGAAGAACUCACCCAAGCGAAGCAAGACAAGCGUAGUCCUACUGACGAAGCCGAUCAAGCUGAGUCGAAUGCAGAACGCGCGGCACUUCGCUCUGAACUGGACAAGGCACGAGAGGAGAUGGAAGCUACCGUUACACGUUUCGAGGCCCAGUUGUCCAAACUACAAUCUGAUCUGGCUUCUGCUCGCGCCGAUGCCGAAACAGCAACGAAUGCUACAAAGCAGGCAGAGCAUCAAGCAGCUCAAUUCCAGACAGAUCUUGACGCGCUCCGCCGUCAGCAUACACAGACGGAGGAACGUGCCCGCGAAGCUGAGAGUCGGGUCCAAAUGUUCCUUGACCAAUUUGAGUCAUCAGUCGAUAAUUACCGCCGCCAGUCCCAGGCACCGACCGAAAACACACACCCUGAACACAGCCGCCACCGUGCCCACGAUAGCAUCGCAUCCGCUGAAUCUCUUUACAGCCGCAACGAUGGCUCUAGUACCCCAGAGGCCAUCCCCCGCCCUUCAUCUUCUGCUACGCGUAACUCCAUGGCUCUGGAUAACCUUGCCUCUGAGCUGGAUGCUCUCAGGAGUCACUGGGAAACUACCAACAAAGCCUACCGUUUGAGUGAUCGCUUUGAUUUUGAACGCAUGCCCGACAAUGAUAACACGGAUCUGAAUGAACUCUCGCAAUGGAGGAACAAGGUGGAGAGCGAGGAUGGGUUCCAGGCUGCGGCAGGUAGUCACGAUGCAAAGUCCGCACAGCCGGCUGCUACCAUGGCCUCGCCAACCCAGCUCCACGGAUCCUCAUAA